AUGAAGCAGAGGGUGGGCAGCACUGCGUCGGCCCUGCGGCACUCGUACACGCUUUCGUCGUGGUUCAUGCUGCCCGACCAGGGCAUGACCUCGUUCGAGCAGGCCGGAGCCGCGGGAGGAGCCUCCGCCGCACUCCGACUGCCCAAGUACCACGUCAUCGGUUCGGCACACGUCACCCACCCUUUCUUCUUCCCCAACUACUAUCCCGAGCACCAGUACCCCUGGCUCCAGUAUGUGAGUGAAGAAGACACACUCAACAAACUCGAACUGCGCUCGGGAUCGGGAGAGGUGCUCCACGAGUUCCUGUUGGCACGACACAACUACCGGCAUGACAAGCAGGACCUCAUCGUGCUACACCUGCACGAUGAGGAUGCGUUCGAGACGGUGCUCGAGCAAGCGGGCACGCCGGCGGCCCCUCUGGCGAUGCACGGAAACGGUGCUCUAGUGGCUGGCGACAACUGUGGGAAGGAGGGCGAGGAGGUGCAGAUCCCGCACAGCGCUGAGGGGACGGUGCACGUGGCGACCUCCACCAAGAUGUUUGUGCGAACGGAGAAGCAGCUGCCGAUGGGCAUGUGCGGCGGGCCGGUGAUCGACAGCCGAGGCUACUGCGUCGGCAUGACCGAGGGCGUGGUCAACGCGCCAAGGGACGUCGAGGGCCAGGCGCCAUCAAGCGACGAAUUCACGAUGCUCUCGACCCUCACGGGCAACGCUGCGUGCAUCACCUCGUCCGAGCUGGCACGAUUCAUGGACGAAGUUGAGCGUGUGCAUGAGCUCUAUGAUCCGCGCCCACGACACAGGCGUCGAUAA